AUGGCCGGUGUAAAUGGAGACAACGAGGUUCCUCAAGAGACGACCACACCUACAACCCAAAGGGACCUUCAAGAUGCUGCUACCUGGAAGAAGCAACGCAGUGCCUUACGUCAGCAGAUCACCAAGACAAUGCGGUACCUAGGCAACCUAGUUACUGACAGAGGUUCCAGAGGAUCCACUUCCAGUUUGAUGAAGCACCUUGAGACUCUAUUGGCCGCAGCCACAAAAAUCCAUACCAAUCUGUCGACAGUCGAAGAUCAGGCAGAAAAUGAUCGUCAAGACGAGUUUCAUCUAAAGUACGUUGAGCUGGCUGGAGACGCGUUGGAGAGAGGUCAACAAUAUUUGAAUUCAAGAGUAGGUGAACCUCCCUCUGUAACUGCAGGCAAUCGGGCACCAUCUAUUUCAGCAUCCGAGCAAAAUCGUCAAGAGGUUGAACGCAAGUUGGCCCAACAAAGAGCAGAUGCAGCCGCUCUACAAGCAGACGAAGCCCGUCAUCAAGCCAACGAAGCGUCCAACCGAGCAGAUCAGGCCCGACGUGAAGCCACUGCGGCACAGCAAGCAUUACAAGAACUAGAUGUUGAUGAAGAUCGUGCUAGUGCAGUCACGCACGUUUCUCAGCGACUUUCUCAACUUGGUCAAGAUUGGAGACAGAACCAACGUCGGCUUAAUUCUUCGACUUCACCAGCAGCUCCUGACGAGUGGAUCGACCGUUAUGCCGCCGGUCAGCUGAAGCCAAACGUUACAGCGAGUUCCCGUUCUUCAGUCAAGACAGAGUUAGAAAUUUAUUCCGGAAAGUCCCUCGACUGGUUUGAAUGGAUAGAUUUGUACAGAGCUCUUGUGCACGAUUCCGGAAAAUCCGCUGGAGAAAAAUUGGCCAUUCUUAAACGCCAUCUGAAAGGCGAUUGCCUCAACCUGGUUCAAGGUCUCGGAGGUGGCGAGUCAGCCUACAUCGAAGCCUUAGUCCGUCUCAAACAGAGCUCUGGCAGACGGGAUGUUAUGCGAGCUGCCACUCUACAGGCCAUCGAGAAAGUGGAACUGAGAAAUGACCCGGCCAUUUUCAAACGUUUUGCCGAGCGGAUUAGGACUCAUCUAUUCGAUCUCAGCCGUAUCGGAGAAUCCAACGCCCCAGAUUUGAUCGAGAGGAUUAGCAUGAGACUCCAGCCACCAGAUCGUCUUGAGUGGAACCGUGGACGACGAGGAGGAUUGGAAACAAGAAGUCUCAACGCCUUUGGAUCCUGGCUGUGUGAGAGAGCGGCAGAGUACCAAAAUGCAUACAGCAUUGCAUCCGAGCAAGCUUCUUCUUCCGUACCCAAACCACAUCGGUCUCAUGCUCGCAGCCACCCUGCUUCAUCCACAAAGGCAACUGACAACCACUCAGCACCUAAGGUCACCUUCCGGCCAUUCUGUUUCAAGUGUGAAGGCGACCACAAAUUGGAAAAUUGUAGCCAGUUCAAGGCUUUAGUCGUUGCAGACCGAGUUUCUUUCUGCGCCAAGCACAGGUUAUGUUUCGGAUGUCUUGGAGCGAAGCACUCCGUCCGGAAUUGUUUUACGAAGAAGCCGUGCAAGAUCGCUGGUUGCAGCCUCCACCAUCAUGAAUUGGUUCAUGACCCCGAUAGACCAGCCGCUGUAUCCACGCCGCAUGCAACGAAGACCGAAAUGACAAGAACAGCGACGGCCCACCUCCGGAAGCAGAGUCCACAACAAGUCGCCAUGGGGAUGAUGCGGUUGAGAGUUUUCAGUGCCGAUAACGGAGCGGUAUGGGCGAACGUCUUAAUAGACGAAGGGAGCGAUUCGACACUCAUGCGGCAAAGUUUCGCCAGCGCAAACAAGAUUUCCGGUGUUCAUCAGAUUCUGACCGUGGAAGGCGCGGGCGGUGUAGUCAAGCGCUACCGUUCUCAGCGUGUUAAUUUCCAGAUAGACACGGUUUAUGGCGAGAAGUUGGAUCUCUCGUGUUCUACCCUGCCCACUACCGUCGCGACUUCUACCCCGGUUACAGAUUGGGGAAAUUUGAAGAACCGUUGGUCGCAUCUGGCCGACCUUCCUGUUGGAGAAACGGGCGGCAGAGUGGACAUCCUGAUCAGCAACGAUUACUCGCACCUCAUCGUCGCUUUGGAAUCCAGAGUCGGAGAUGACUAUGAACCGACCGCCAUCAGAAGCAGACUAGGCUGGAUCAUCCGUGUUGUCGUCAACGAUGGUGCUUCCGUCCCAGCCGCCCGGACUCAUACCGUCAAUAGUUUGACGCAGUUGGAUGAGAUCGCGGCAGAACUACGCCGUUUCUGUGACACUGAAAAUUUUGGAACGGAGUCGAAGACAAAAGGAAUGUCAGACGACGAUCGACAAGCCAUCGCAAUUUUAGAAGCUGGAACAAAGAAGCUGGACGUAGGCUACGAGGUUCCCAUCACCUGGAAGACGGGGGAGCCAGCUUUAGUUUGCAACAAGCAGAUGACUCAACAACGACUCGGUGGUCUACUUCGGCGUUUCAGCAGAGAGCCAGCGUUCGAGAAGGAUUACCGUGCUGCCGUUCGGAAAACUAUCGACAAAGAAUACGCCUCUGUGUUAUCUGAAGAGGAAGCGGAGUCCGCCAAAUACUUUCUCGCGCAUCAUGGCGUUUACAAAGGCCCUAAGUUACGUGUCGUCUUUGAUGACGCAGCCCCCUUCAAGGGAAAGUGUUUGAAUGACGCCAUACUCAGUGGUCCCGCUCUCCAGCCUCCUCUUCCAUCCGUUUUAAUCCAGUUCCGUGAGGGAGCCAUAGCCUGGGCUUCAGAUGUGGAAGCGAUGUUUAGCCGUUUUAGGCUUAAUCUCUCCGACGCAAACUAUUUUUGCUUUUUGUGGCAAGAGUCCCCACCGAAGACUGUCGUUUGCCGGAUGGAUCGGUUGCCGUUUGGCGCUACUUGUUCUCCCUUCAUCGCCAUACAAACCACCCGCCGUGCAGUUUCUGAUGCCGGAGUAGGAGAAAAAGCGGUCGAAGCAGUUCAAAGAAGAAUGUAUGUUGACGAUUAUUUGGGAUCCGCAAAGAGUGCCGACGAAGGCGUAGCAGAUGCGUCCACCGUAAGAAAAGCUCUGGCCGGAGCCGACCGUCACUUUCAAGAUUGGAUCUCCAAUUCAGCAGAAUUCUUAGCAGCCAUGCAGGAAGAAAAGAAGCCAAUUCCGCAAAUCUCCAGUCUUUCCGCGGACAGCGAAAGGUUAGCGGCUCCUAUCAUCAUAAAGGCAAAGGUCCACCUUCGCGAUUUGGUCGUCAAAGGGCUAAAAUGGUCCGACCCUGUAGAAGGAGCUGAUCGAGCGUGGUGGGAGUCAUGGUUCCAGAUCGUCCAAGAAUUGGCCCAUGUGUCCAUCGAACGCUGUUUAUUUCCAGAAGAGGACGAUAUCGUCGAGUCUCAGCUACACACGUUUGGAGAUGCCUCAGAGGAGGCCUACGCUACGGUGGUGUACAUCCGCAACCAGUACCGCUGCGGUAAAAUCAUUAUCAGAAUUGUGAAGGCAAGCAGUAAGUUGGCCCCAAAGAAGAGUCUGUCGGUGCCAAAAUUUGAGCUAAACGCCGCCCUAUUGUCCGCCCGUGUUGCUGCCACCGUCCAGAACUGUCUCACCAAUUCCAUCGACCGCAGAUAUUUCUGGACGGACUCCAGUACUGUCCGUAAUUGGAUAAGAGCAACCGCCUCGUUUUACCAAAUCUUCGUCGCCAACCGAGUCGGAGAGAUCCAGACGUUAACAGAGAGCGACGAAUGGCUUUUUAUUCCCGGCAAACUCAACCCCGCUGACGCUGCGACCCGUUCCGCCAUCGGAGAAGAGGUAUGGCCAAAGAUCUGGCAAGAUGGCCCGGAAUUUCUACUACAACCUGAAUCAACCUGGCCCACAGAUCUGCCGUGGAUGGCCACGACGGCUGAAAUCAAAGCCAUCAAAUUAUAUUCCGUCCAGUCCAAUCCGGAUCCGUUUGGUUGGUCAGCAGUCGGUUUGGACUGUUCUAACCUUUCAUCUUUCUUAAAAUUAGAAGGGGAAACGAAGAACCUCCUUAAACGAUGUCAAUCAGAAGCUUUUCCGGAAGACAUCGCCAGACUUAAACGAGGAAAGCCACUUCGUUCCUCUUCCCAUCUACUGGUUUUAAGCACGACGCUAGACGAAGAUGGAAUCUUACGUCUCGGCGGCCGGAUUGAUAGAGCGAAGCUGCCGUACGAUGCCCGUCACCCUCCGUUACUGCCCAGCAAGCACCCUCUCACGGAGAAAAUAGUCGAAGUCGUGCACGGUCAGAUGCAUCAUGCCGGAACCGACUAUUUAUUCGCCAAAUUGUGUCAACAUUUUUGGAUCAUUCGCGGGCGAGAGCUGGUCAAGAAGGUGCGUCGAAUGUGCCCAACGUGCAUCAAGGACAGGGCGGUUCCAGCCGCUCAACUGAUGGGCAAUCUACCAGCCGUGCGACUUGAUUCCUAUUCUCCCCCUUUCUUCCACACUGCAGUUGACUUUUUCGGUCCUAUAGAGACAAGUCCCGGCCGGAACAGAGUGACAAAGCGGUACGGUGCCCUCUUCACUUGUCUGGCGACAAGAGCGGUACAUUUGGAAUUAGCCGAAUCAUUGUCAUCUGAAGAUUUUCUGUUGGUCUUUCGUCGAUUCAUCGGCCUUUUUGGCAAACCUGCCACCGUCCACUCCGAUAAUGGGACGAAUUUCGUCGGAGCGGAGCGAGAGUUGAACGAUCUUGUUGAUCAACUCGAAAAGGACCCGAGGCUGUCGCAGUUCCGAAAAGAAAAGGUGAUUGAUUGGUACUUCCAGCCUCCACGAGCACCACACUUCGGCGGAGCUCACGAAAGUUUGGUCCGUUCUACAAAACGUGCCCUGUACCAAGCCUUAGAUCUGGAGAAGAAAGCUUUACGCUACCCCACGGACGAGAUGCUUCGGACUCUAUUUGCCGAAAUAGCCGGAUUCCUCAAUUCUCGCCCUCUGACCUACGCUAGUUCGGAUCCGGAGGACUUUCGGCCCUUAACGCCGAAUGACUUUUUGAAUCGCCCACCUACUUUCGAUCUGCUGCCCGGCAAAUUCAGUGACGCCUUGCCCCGAGAACGGUUCCGUUACGUUCAGAAGAUGGCCCAGUUAUUCUGGGAUUUAUGGACUAAAUUGUAUCUUCCGACACUAGUCCCGCGAAAGAAAUGGCAAUCGGCUCAAGAGAACCUUACCGUCGGUGACGUCGUCCUCCUGCUGGAUCCUAACCUACCGCGUGGUCUCUGGAAAAUCGGCCACGUCAAUCAAGUUUAUGCGGGAGGCGAUGGACUAGUACGCGUCGUCAAGGUGAAAACGGAGGACGGCGAGUACACCCGAGCGAUUCACCGCCUAAGUAUCCUCGAGAAAGCUGUCGUAGCCGAUGUUCAUCCGGAAGAACCUCAUCCAUCUUUAUCAAAAUAG